UUUAAAAUGUCAAAGUCACCAACUGUUCGGUGUCAGUCUGUGUUGUGUUUGUGAUCAACGUUGAUCAAUUAAGUAAAUUAUAAUACUGCGACAUUGAAUAUUCCUAAAUUGUCAAAAAUGUCAGCCGCUACAAGUAGUGCAGAAGUUGUAGGUGAAGAAUCUAAGAAACCGGUGUGUUUAAUAAUUUUAGGCAUGGCUGGUGCGGGCAAAACAUCUUUCACACGCAGGCUAGCAGGGAACGUUACAGAUGGUGCACGGCCAUAUCUUAUUAACUUAGAUCCGGCAUGUAGAGAAGUGUCAUAUCCUGCUAAUAUUGAUAUAAGAGACACAGUUGACUAUAAAGAGGUAAUGAAACAAUAUGGUUUGGGGCCAAAUGGAGGUAUUGUUACAGCUUUAAAUUUAUUUUCAACAAAAUUUGGUCAAGUUGUGGAUUUAAUUGAGAAGGCGGGCAAGAAACACAAAUACUGUGUUAUUGAUACACCAGGUCAAAUAGAAGUGUUCACAUGGUCUGCAUCAGGAACCAUCAUAACAGAAGCACUGGCCUCAUCUUGCCCCACAGUUGUUGUAUAUGUGAUGGACACAGUCAGAAGCGUAUCCCCAGUUACUUUUAUGUCCAAUAUGCUGUAUGCUUGCUCUAUAUUGUAUAAAACACGAUUACCAUUCAUAAUUGUGAUGAACAAGACAGAUGUAGUGGAUAAUUCGUAUGCAGUUGAAUGGAUGAGAGAUUUCGAAGCAUUUCAAGAUGCGUUGGAUGCUGAGGGCGCUGGCGAGACGGAGGGUGGGAACACAUACAUUGGGAACCUGACACGCUCUAUGGCACUAGCUCUCGACACGUUUUACGCAGACUUGAGAUGUUGUGGCGUCAGUGCUCAUACUGGAGAAGGAAUUGACAAUUUCUUUAAGCUGGUAGAUGAAGCUGCAGAAGAAUAUGAAAAAGAAUACAAAGCUGAUUGGUUAAAAAUGAGAGCCGAGAAGUUGGAAGAACAAAAGAAAAAGGAAGAAGAAUUAAAGAAUCCUAAAUCAGUUGAUGUUGAUGCGGUGAUACACAAAAAGAGUUUGAUUGACGAGGUCCCAAUGGGCAGGGAGUUCACCGACAUGUACCUCAAACAUCCUGCUAACGAGAGUUCCAGUGAUGAGGAGGGAACAGAGAGGGAACCAGAAGUUGAUGACAAACCAGAAGAUGUGGCGAUGUUCCAAGAGUUCAUUCGAAAGCACGUCAAACCAAACAACACGAGCAAUACAAGUUAGACUUAGAUAUUUUCCACGUAAACUGUACAUAUAGAGAUAAAUAAAAUAAACAUUAAUUUAAU